UGCUCAAGAAAAGGAAAGCAUGAGGUAAGAAACAUUAAUCCAGUUAAAUAUAAUUCCAUAACCUUAACACUCAUCCUUGCUCUCAUUAGACAAGCAGAAAAAGUACUGAAAAAAUAUUGGAACUCAUUUAAGACUAUAUCAACCAAGAAAAAAAUUUUAUCUACCACUGGCAUUAGUCUUGUAUUUUUAUACUUGUACUUCCCUCACAACAGCCCUGAAGCCCUGAUCAGUAAUACAAAGGAUGUAUUCAAGAAGGGAAAAAUUGAUUUGAAAGAUUUCGAUCAAUCUAUGCUGAUCAAACGUGAGACCCUUGAAAAUGAAAUGAAGUCAAUCUUGCAACCCUCUUUAGGGGGAUGUUACUAUCUAAUUGUUGGCGAACCUGGAACAGGAAAGACAGCUUUGAUUCGAAAAACCAUAUUGAAUCUCCAAGAGCCAAAGGGUGUUGUCCAUUUUGAAUGUCCCGCAGAUCCAAAGGCAUUUGCAACCAAUUUGACAAAACACCUAAAUUGUGAGUUAUAUCCGUUGAAACUUCGAGAUAUUAUCAGAAAAGGCUUCACUUGGCAUGCAGAGCAAGAGGAACAUCUAGAAUAUCAUACUUGGAAUCUUUUGAAAGAGCACCUUAUCAAAACCGCCUUUUGCUACAUAAAAGAAUAUAAACGCCCAAUGGUUUUGGUUCUUGAUCAUGUAGACCGCAUUGCUAAAAGGGAUCAAGAUUUUUUUGGGAUGCUCCAAGAUUUUGCAAAGGACUGCGCAGAUAAACGCGCACUUGUCAUUAUAUUUGUCAUAAAAGUUGGUGAUAUUUCAGAUGAAGAAGCCGUAAAAUUACUUAAAGAUUCUGGUACUGACCAAAAAACUGCUGAAGAUGCAGUGAAAUACCUGACCGGUGGAUGGUUUGCUUUGUUGACUCAGUUCCAAUCAUUGAGUCAAUAUGGAGACAAUCCUAAAAUUUUGUUUGAAAGUAUGUAUUUGUUACAAUCUCAGCUUCUUAACGUAAACAGCUUGUUUUGGUCUAACAUUCUACUUUUAUCAGAAUUCAAGAAGCAACUGUUCACGCAGGUUAGGAGAGAUUUGGAUAUGGUGGGACUUCCUAGAAACCACGAAUUUUUCAUAAAGCUUAUCGAAAUACAUCGUAUUGGCAUUAAACAAGCUAUAAACAUUAUACCUCUCAACAUGAUCCACAAACUUGUCGAGGCUAACAUUCUCAAAGAACAUCAGAACUACACAGUGUCCUUUCAUUCACGUUAUAUCGAUACCUACUUUAAAGAGGUAAUUCUUGCUGAUAAUAUUGCAAUUUGA